UUUAGAACUCGGGUUGUAAGUAUUUUCCGUACGUCAAUCGUUCUGUCUGUACCAGGUCGUCGCCACCUCUCCGCCGCAGUUCCGCCGCCACGCCGGUGAGUCAUACCCACGCCGCGGAACAGCCAGAAUUGCAAGAAGUCCCUUUCACGUUGUAUUGAAGAUUGCUCACCAGUUUUGGAAGAGCUGAAAUGGGAAUGCCGGCAAAAUGGGCUUCCGGGAGGAAUGGGGACUUGGGUGGGUGGAAAUGGGCUAUCGCAGUUUCCCUGGGAAUAAUGCUGCUUCACAGCUUGUCCAUUUUGCUUUUCACUAGGGGUUUCCUUCUCACCCGCUCUGAGCUUUCCCAAUAUAGUCAAUGCAACGAUGUUGCGGACUCUCCCUGCUUCCCUCCUCCUCCUGAUCAAAAUGCCAACGGAAGUUGUUGGACCAAACCGGCUGUUGAUCGUCUUGUUAUCAUUGUUCUAGAUGCUCUAAGGUUUGAUUUUGUUGCUCCAAGUGCAUUUUUUGCAGAGAAGAAACCAUGGAUGGAUAAGUUACAAGCAAUACACAAAUUCGCUAGUCAGAAUCAAUCUACAGCUGGAAUUUUCAAAGCUAUAGCGGAUCCCCCUACCACCAGUUUGCAGCGUCUAAAGGGUCUGACUACUGGUGGGCUUCCCACGUUCAUUGAUGUAGGAAACAGCUUUGGUGCUCCAGCAAUUGUUGAAGAUAACUUGAUACAUCAGUUGGUUCAAAAUGGAAAGCGGGUGGUGAUGAUGGGGGAUGACACAUGGUUGCAAUUGUUUCCACAUCAUUUCGUCAGAUCUUAUCCCUUCCCGUCUUUCAAUGUCAAAGACCUUGAUACGGUAGACAACGGAUGCAUCAUGAACUUAUUCCCCACUCUGUAUGAAGAAGAUUGGGAUGUGCUAAUAGCACAUUUUCUGGGUGUUGAUCAUGCUGGCCAUAUAUUUGGUGUCGACUCUACCCCAAUGAUACAAAAAUUGGAGCAGUACAAUGAAAUUAUAGAGAAAGUUGUCUCAGUGCUUGAGAGCCAAAGUGGACCUGGGGGUUUACAUGAAAAUACAAUGCUUCUUGUUAUGGGAGAUCAUGGGCAAACCAUCAAUGGGGAUCAUGGGGGAGGUGCUGCGGAGGAGGUGGAAACAGCAAUUUUUGCAUUGAGUUUAAAGAAGCCUCCGCUCCCACCACCUGCUGCAGCUGAUAGCUCGUCUUGCAAGUUGGAUAUGCAUGGGAGGAGGAUUUGCAUUAACUCUAUUCCACAGCUUGAUUUCGCUGCCACUGUGUCCGCCCUGCUUGGUCUUCCCUUUCCCUUUGGGAGUAUUGGGCGUGUUAAUUCUCAACUCUUUUCCUUAGCUGGUGGAACAUUGAAUCAGGAAAAGUCAACCACUGGUGAUGAUAGCAGUCCAUUGGAAGUUGAAAAUUGGAUGCAAUACUAUGUCAAUGUCCUCUGUAUUAAUUCUUGGCAGGUGAAGAAAUACAUUGAUGUCUAUUCAUCUUUGUCAUUAAUUGGAUUUUCAGAGAAAGACUUGCUGCACGUAUCAAAGCUGUAUGCUGAAGCACAGGAGCUUUGGUCAAGCACUUCAAAGAAUUUUUCACUGGACAAAAGUCACAAGGCGUUUGCACCCUUACCUGUCGUCAAACAGCAACUUGAUGCGUACUCUAAAUUUUUGGGAAGUGUUGCUGCUCUAGCGCGAUCCAACUGGACUGAGUUUAAUUUGAAGCUGAUGGGUUUAGGCUUCUUCAUUAUGUUAAGUUCACUCUAUCUGCAUCUAUUUCUUAUCAGGAGGUUGGACAAGCAAUGUGGACUUCAAUCUUGUUUGUCUCGCUAUUCUAGGGAAUUCUUUGGGGUUACUUUUGCUUGUAUUCUGGUUCUGAUACGUGCCUGCAGUUUCCUUUCUAACAGUUUUAUUUUAGAAGAAGGGCGAGUGGCUAGUUUUCUUUUGGCAACAAUUGCAAUAUAUCAACUACGUUGUGCAAUAGCAAAGAAGAUAAUGUUACUCGAAGCGCUUGGGCUUUGUCUUUUGGUUCCUAUGCUCAGAAUCAGUAUUGAACUUGGGCAAUUGAAGCAGGCUGUGAAUUCAUUAUUCUUGAAAGUUGAUCCUUCAAGGACACUGGGCAUUGACAAUGACUCUCAGCUCUGGAUGUAUGUUGCUGAAGUCCUGCCUAUAUCAGCUCUUAUUAUGGUUGCAUGUCUGCUGUACAAGAGCACUGCUUCUUGUUCCUCUCAGGGAAUUUUGAAGUAUGUGGUUGCAGUAACUUUAUGUAAUUAUAUGCUCAUACCUUUACAUUGGGCCUCAGAUAGUAGCCUGUUUAGUCUGCCCCCGUUUCUUGAGGGGAUAAAAGGAAACAUAAUUCCUCGAGUAACCUAUGCUGCUGGACUUCUACAACUGUCGUUAUUGGCAAUAAGUCAACUGGUUGUUAGGGAGAGAGCUCAGAAUUUGGAAGAAUGUACGGUUGCUAAAGUGUUGGCCUUGUUAUCUGCCUGGAGUUCAACGAUCAUUAUUCUGUCUGGAAAACAAGGUCCCUUGGUUGCAUUAGCAUCAUCAAUUGGAGGUUGGUGCUUAACUAGGUUAAUGGCCUUGGAACAGGAUACUCGCAGUGAGUCUUCUAGAUCUUCACUCUCUUAUGUACUUCCUGUGACCCAAUGGAGCCUUCUGGCUGUCUGCAUGUUCUUCAGUACAGGUCAUUGGUGUGCUUUUGAUGGCCUCAGAUAUGCAGCCGCAUUUAUUGGAUUUGAUGAAUUCAACCUUUUUCGUCAAGCAAUCCUUCUGGCAAUCGACACAUUUGGUUUCUCUCACAUUCUUCCUAUAUUCGGACUUCCCCUCCUCGUUGCAUUCUGUUAUCCGCAAAGACAGAACAAACAAGUAUUUUCAAUGAGAUUAUGUCAAGUGUAUCUGAUUUAUGGAUUCAUCACAGCCGUACCAGUCACAUUCACAAUGUUAUGCGUCACAAUUCACAGGCGGCAUUUGAUGGUCUGGGGAUUAUUUGCCCCAAAGUUCGUCUUUGACAUCGUGGGUCUUCUUCUAGGCGACUUGUUAAUAUUUUUGUCAGCACUCUAUUACAACGCGUGAAUAGAUGCUGCAGAAAUCUGGCUCGUUCAUUUGCCUCCUUCCUCCGCCUUACAAUUUUUUGUUCUUAGAUGAAUGCUUAGAUAUAGAACUUGCCCACAAUUUUGGGAUAUCUGGAUCAGUUUAUAUCCACUCCCACUGCGCCGGGAUGAUACACGAUGAUGUUAUUUUUUCAUUUUAUGACAUCAUCAUUCACACGUCCAAUGGCUGGUAGACUCGCCUAGGCAGCUCAAAUGAGUAGCAUAAAAUUUCUCUUAUUCAGUACAUGUCUCGUUUCGAAGGCAUUGAAUCAUGUCCAAAUUUUGGCAAUUGGAAUAGUUAAUCAAGUAGAGUUCUUGA